AUGUCCAGUUACAACGAUUAUGUUUUUAGCUCAGAAGAAAGUUCUGUGGAUGAUAUUCAACAAAAAGAUGGUGGCGGCAAUAUCGAUAGUAUGGGUGAAAAACGGCCCUCAUUUUUCCGGUCAUUGACUUCAUUGGGACGAUCUUCGCACGAAUACUCCAGCGGAAAUGUCCGUACUAGUAUUAGCAGCAGUGACCAUAUAAAUAGUAAGGAGAUGGUGGACAAUUCGAAAGCGGUGAUUGGUGCAGGAUUCAGUCACAUGGAUAGAGUACUUCCCGAGCAAAUCAAGGCUAAGCAUCAUCAUAGGAGCCACGAAAGACAUCAUCACCAGGCCGCUUUAGAUGACGGACUAGGUGACGAUAACGAUUGGAAUCCUGUGAUCGAGCUACCCACGAGGAAAGUGAAGUCUCUAACUUCCACGACGAGAUCUAUUAAAUCCUCACUUACCCCUUCUGUGGUUCCUCAGCCAGCAUACACGGCUGCUUCUCCUAAAACGUCCAGCGUAGUGAGAGACCCGGACUACCCUUGCAUUCGCCCUGAUUGGCCAGAACUACUGAACGAUCCGUAUGGUAUUCUCACCAAAUUGCAACCUCCCGAACAUGAUCGAAUUCGGUAUGGAAAAAUUGUUAGAGCACUCACUAAACAGCCGUUCGACAUGUAUGAACUUAAGAAGCAGACUUGGGGCGGAAUACCUCAGUGUGUCAGAUCACUAGUAUGGCAGAUCCUCGUGGGAUAUUUACCCGUCAAUAUGAAUACCAGAGGGUCGGUUUUAAGUAGAAAACGAAAAGAAUACGUCAAGAGCAUCACACAACUAUUUCAAGGAUCUAAAGAUGAAGCAGUGUGGCAUCAGAUCAAGAUAGAUGUGCCACGAACAAACCCUGGCACCAAGUUGUACUCAUAUGAGAGCACGCAUAGAUCUUUGGAGAGGAUAUUGUAUCUCUGGGCAGUUAGACAUCCUGCCAGCGGAUAUGUUCAGGGUAUAAACGACUUGGUUACACCAUUUUUCCAGGUGUUCUUGGCCAACUAUCUUGUCAAAAUGGAGGAUAUCGAGAUCAUCGACCCUCAUACAUUACCCAAAGACCUUCUCAAUGCAGUAGAGGCGGACACAUACUGGUGCCUCACUAAAGUGCUUGAUACAAUUCAGGACAAUUACAUACAUGAGCAACCAGGAAUUAUACGGCAGAUUAAAGAGCUAAAAGAUCUAAUUACACGGGAUGAACCGGUUCUAGCACAGCAUUUAGAAGAUGAAAACUUGGAUUUUAUCCAAUUUGCUUUCAGAUGGAUGAACUGUCUGUUAAUGAGAGAAUUCGAUCUUCAUCUAAUUAUCAGAAUGUGGGACACCUACUUGUCGGAUUUCCCCAACGGGUUUAGUACGUUCCACGUCUAUGUAUGUUGCGCAUACCUAAGGAGGUUCGGUCCGCAACUGGUGAAUAUGGAAUUCCAAGAUAUCAUUAUGUUUUUGCAGGAUAGUUCAAAGACACGUGAUUGGACCGAGGAAGAUAUAGAGAUGAUGCUAAGCGAAGCGUACGUUUGGCAGAGUUUGUACGAGAAUGCACUGGCUCAUCUCAAAUAG